CAGAUAAUUACUGUCGCGAUUAGCGAGCUCAUGAAAAAUAUAAACCUAUAUUUUGUUAAGAAUUGUUUAUAUUUUUAUUAACACAAGAAUCAUUUUAUUGUUUACUUUAUAAAAGAAAAUGUGCUUAUAAAUCAUGUCUGACUCAAAAUUACCACCCUUUCUCCUCCAGGAAUUACCAGAUAUAACUGAAAGUGUAAAUUUUCCCAUCAAGAAUAUUCAACGAAUAAAGUAUACUUGCUUUGAUGUUUCAAAGUCUUUGAUAGCUUUUGGAGCAACAAGCGGAGGGAUUUAUGUUUUUAACCGAUGGCCGUGUGAAUUCAUACAACUUAUUCCUAAUAAGGAUGGGCCAGUAACCCGUUUAGCUAUAUCAGCCGAUGAAAAGCACAUCGGCUUUGCUAAUGGCAAAGGCAUGGUUACAGUAUCGGAAUGUGAUCAGACAUUGAGCAGAAAUUAUUCUACCACAUCAUCAAAGGAACAUCUAGGAAAUGAAGUCACAGCUAUGAUCUGGAGUAGGAAUAUGCUAUUUAACGGAGAUGAUGUUGGGAAAAUAUCAGUUUUGCAGCUGCAGAGUUUUAUAGCCAAAACAAUGUUCCACAGCUCGUCCCAAACUAUUAUGAGCUUAGAUUCGCGUAUAUGCCAACUGGACACAAGAGAUUGUAUGCUACUAGUCUCAACAUUAACACGCUGUUAUAUUUGCAACACGGCACAAGAGCAAUACAGACAGAUCGGUCAGAAACUAAGAGAUGGUGAAUUUGGUGCAUGUUUUGUGACCACAGAGAAGUCUAUUAGCAAUGGCACUUUAGAAAAUAAUGUCCAGGAUAUAACAGAAGUUAGGAAAUAUAAUAUUGUUGAUGAUGACGCAAGAUUUGUUGUGGGCGACGAGUUUUCUAACACACUUAUUUAUUGCGCAAGGCCGUCGUCCCGAGUAUGGGAAGCCACUGUAGAUGGAAUGGUUCGUAGAACUCAUCAGUUCAAGCAAGUGUUAGCCAAGCCGCCUAUGAAGAUAAUCACUGUUGAAUCUUAUGAGAAUGAAAAUCUUGAUAUUGAUAACACAACUGAUAGUUCUGAAGGCCAGUCUGUUAAUUUUUCGCGUAUAUAUUCCAUGAAUAGUGCCAUUUUUUCGUAUAAUAAACAUGCAUUGUACUUUUUAAAUAUUCAUAACUUGGACGAUACUAUUUGGUGUGCUUAUAGUGAUAUUGUAGAUUGCAAACUAUACUAUGAUAUUUUAUAUGUGUGGCUUUCAAAUGGAUCUUUUAUAAGUUUGAAAUUCAUCAAAAUUGACAAAUUUUUAGUUAAAUGCUACCUUGACGAGAAGUAUAUACUGUGUGGGGAAAUGUGUGCCUUGUAUAAGAAUUAUUUGCUAGAAAACAAUUUAUCAAUGAAAAUGAAUAUUUUAGUAGGAUUAAGAGAUAAACUAAGAAACAAUGGCUUGGUGAAAUCUAUUGAAGAUUUUCUAGAUGAAAUUGACAAGUUGAAACCUAGCGAAGCGACACAAUUGAAGUCUGGAAUAUUUGUAGUGGAUAACUCAUAUCAUACACAAUCACUAUUAGAUGAUAAUUUUGAUUCUAAACAUAGUGAAGACAAUCUUUUCAACACACUUUCACCGGAGGCGUUACAGGCUUUGAAGGGGCUAAGUGAAACUGUGUCUGGCAAAUUUAAUACAAGCAAAAAGAUAUUAAAGGAGAAAUGGGAGGAUUUUGAAGAGAAAAUGAAAUAUUUAGGUGCUGAUAGAAAUACACAAGAUCUCACUCCCAUAAGACAGCUGCAAGACAGCGAAAAUGCCCCAAAAUGGAUAACGCGUGACGAUUACACUUUAGAAGAUACGCCUAUAGUUAUAAACAAUGAUAUUAUAUUUAAAGAAUCUAGUCAAGAAACCAUUGAAAUAGACAAUAAUUUAGAACGGAGCAAGGAAGAUAAAUUUUGUAAAUUAUUAUAUCAAUAUGCAAGGUUAAGCUUAGUCAAUAAGGAGUCAGAGUUGUCGAAUUUAACCUCCAUUAUAGAGGAUUAUAGCUGUGAUAUACAUGAAAUACAUGAACUAAUGCUCUCGCUAGAACAAUAUUGCGUAUCUGUAGGAGCUUUAGACGAUUCUAAAUUUGUACCUAACAAUAUUUUCCUUACCUAUUUAGAUACAACAUCGCGAAAAGGCGAAUUGCUAGAAUUAAUAAUUAACAAUGAAGUAUUGUAUAAAUAUUUUGUUGAUUCUUGUAUAUCUGUGAAUGUGAAGCCUCAGAAAUUGAUGAAUAUUGGCUGCGAAUGUGGUUUCCCUUUGCCAUACAUACGGACAAGCCAAAUGCCAGUAUUUUCGGAUUUAAUAGACGAAUUCAUUGAGAGACAAUGGUCGAGUCAAACGAAGGAGCAGUGCUAUGAAAUGUGCAAACGCAUGCCGUAUCUGUGGAAGAAAAUUUUAUACUUGAGACAGAAUGAAGAUCUGUUGCAUGUACUACGAAUAUUGCUGCAAAUGUUGGACGAAAGCCUGCUACAUUCAUUCUUACCACAGUUCACGUUGGACACAUGGGACCGGGCCAUACAAUUGUACGCGACUUUACACGCUAAUAUAUGUCUGAAUUGCAAUAAAAAGUUUGAUAAUAUAUCCGUGAGAGAUAUGUUGAGUUGGGAUGAUUUAGGAGCAUUAAUAAUCAAGUCAAUUGGCGGUAGGAAUGCGAUAAAAGUGAUGAAGAAACAUGGAAGUUUAAUUGAUAGAAGCGCCCUCACUAUAAAGUUUUAUCAUACGUGUCUGAUGGUGUGCUUGUAUGAGAAAUAUGAUGUGACAAUCACAACGCCUUUGGUGGACACUUUGUAUAGUGCAUAUGAAUUUGAAGAGUCGAGGAUGGAGGUUUAUUCCCUUCUCCAAGAAGCUUCGAAAGGUGAGAUAAAAAACACAGCACUCCCGCUCAUAGUAAGUGCGACAUCUCAACACUGGGGCCUAUCAAAUGUAUACGAAAAUAUAUCAAAACAAGCAAACACACAAAUAAAAUUAUAUAAUGUAUUGCAAAUAAUGACUCGAAUGUAUAAAGUGUUGGAUUGUUCGCUAUGCGGGUUGCCAUUGCAAAAUGAAUUUUUAAUCAAAGAUGGCGGCCUGUGGGCUUUCAAGUGUGGUCAUAUUUUUCAUGGCGCAUGCCUUAUGUUGAAUAAAAUUAAAUUGUGUCCGUCGUGUACGUUGCAAUAGCUUAUGUGGUUAAUUUUUUUAAUGUAUAAAUGUGUUUUUUUUUAUGUGUGUCUAUUGGUUUUAGUAAUGAGUGUUAUGGAUAUAAUAGUUCAUAUCUCCAAUAUUUUGAAACUCAAUAUAUACCGCACAUAAAAUCUGCUCGUUGGGUACUGAUUGCACGCAUAGGUUGUUAAAUUCUAGGGGCCUAACUUCGUAAAAUGGUAGAAUAUUUUAUAUCUAUUUUCAUUUUUUUUAUAAGGUUAAUGAUAUGGCGGUAGUAAACUAAGCCAUCUGGAUUAAUGUCUCUAUCUGAUGCAAUAUUCGCGUUGUAUGUAUCACGAAGAUUAUUACUUCAAAAUUUGAUAAAGUUAGCAAAAGAUUUUUAUUCCCUCUUAUUACAUACCUUCGUCCGAUCAUACUAUUCCCAUACCCUUGGUACUAAACUUUAUAUUCUGAUUCUAAGUGUUAUAUACUGAUUCUCUUUCUCUCCUUGUUUUUAUGCCUCGUUCACAUGUGUAAUUUUCUGACAUUACGUGCAUAUUUUAAUAUGACAAUAGCUUAUUAGGAAAUGCGGUUGAUUUUUUGUAUUUUACGGUCCGUUUCGACUUUUCCCGUGGUGCCUAUGUAGCCAUUAGCACACAGGGAUUCUUAAAAUUGUUCUUGCAGUUCCUUAGAUUAGCGCUCAGCCUCUCCAGCUUUAUAAUUAUAGUAUAGAUAUUUAUAUUUAAAUGAAAAUGUACAAUAGCAUAUCCAUAUCCAAGCGAAUGAAAUCAAUUUAUGUGUUUAAUUUACUUGAAUGUGUUAUAAAUAAAUGGCCUAGUAGAUGUAUAUAUAAAUAUCAAUUAUAUAAUAUAAUUUAUACUUGCAUGAUUAUAAGUGCAGGCUUUUAUUUAAUUUAAAGAGGCAUUUAUUUAGAAGAUACAUAUAAUGGAUUCAUAACAAUUAUUAAAAUUUUUCGUACUGUGCUUUGGACUAACCUGAAUAUACAAAACUACUAUAGAAAUGUUUAUAAGUUAUACUAAUUAUUUGCUUAUUAUUGAACAAAAAGUGUGUAGCACAAUAUUAUAUUACAAUUAUUAAAUUUACUAAAUUGUAACCAUUUAUUCACAUAUCUGCACAAUAAAUCCGACUAUCCAACCACAAAUAUGUAUAGGUACCAUUUUUAGAAAGCAUAAAAAAUUUAAGCGAUUUGUAAUCUAAUAUUAAAGCCAUUAAAACUCAAUAUGCUAUAUGUUUGGCAAUUGUAAAAUCUUAAAAUUAUCUAGUCUGUUGUUUGAAAGUGUAACCACCAUUUAGAAGAACAUUUAUCGUUUCUAUGUGUUUUGUUAAUAUUUUUUUUAAAUAUAGUUAUGUACUUAGUGCUUAAGUCGGAAUUUAUAUGUUAAAUCGUACAUAUUGUACUUACUAAGAAUUGUAAUCGUUAAUGUGUAAAUAUUUUGUGUAUAUUUUUGUAAAUGUAGCAAACAUUGUAACCAUAUCAAUGUUAUAUCGUAUUCUUAUAAAUGUAUUGAAUGAUAUUAAUAAAAUAACAUU